AUGAUUUCUUUUCUGGUCAUAAGUAUUUUGUCGGCUCGUGUUGUAAAACGCGCCAUCAAUUGGAAUGGACAAAACUGGGCUAUGGCUUGUGAUUUCAAUAACAAUGACCUUUCAAGUGUUCAAACUAAACCAGAACUUUGUGGUCCACAAUGUGCUGCGACAGCAGGUUGUACGCACUUUACUUGGUCUAACUGGAAUGGUGGGACUUGUUGGAUGAAAAAGGGUCCAAUUUCCAAAAGUGAUGCUGUUCCAUCCACUGAUUCAAGUAUGGUCUGUGGUGUACUGUCUGAUGGACCAAGCGGAGGUUCUGGAUCGAGUUCAAAAAAACGAGGUAUUGCUUGGCCAUUGGAAAAUAAACAAGAUUCACCGAAUGUCUUUGCUGGUGGAAAAAUCUCCUGGGUUUACAAUUGGUCGCCCUACAGAACUGAUAUUGCUGGUGCAGAAUUUGUUCCAAUGUUAUGGAGUACAAACAAAGGCCACGAUGGAAAUCAAUUUUUGAAUCAAGCAAAAGGUGCAAAGUCUGUUCUUGGUUUCAAUGAACCAGAACGUAGUGACCAAGCAAAUAUGAGUCCAGUAGAAGCUGCAAAUGCUUGGAAACAAUAUAUUGAACCUCUCAGAGCUCAAGGUGCUCGACUUUGUUCACCAGCUAUUGCCUCGACUGAUCAAGGACUCAAUUGGUUGCAACAAUUUCUCAAUGAAUUGAGUAAAAAUAAUGGAAGAAUUGAUUGUCUUGCUUUACAUUGGUAUGGUCGAGGUGUAGAUAAUUUUAUCAAUUGGAUUACCAAAGUUCGGCAACAGACUGGUAAUCGAUAUCCUGUUUGGGUUACAGAAUUUGCCUGUACAUCAUGGAAUGCUAAUCAACCUGUAUCUCAACAAGAAGUCAACGACUUUAUGAAACAAAGUAUUGCUCGCUUGGAUUCAUUGAGUUGGGUAGAACGUUAUGCAUGGUUUGGUGCACAACGUCAAUUAGAUGCUGCACUUGGUUCGGCCAAUUGUUUGAUUGCAUCCAAUGGACAAUUGUCUGAUUUGGGUCGAACAUAUGUAUAUGGCUAG